AUGGAUAUUACAAAACAUGAAGAGACGGUGUUGCCGACCUUCGAAGAACUUGUACAUGCGGUAGAUGCAUCAUCGCAAACGUUUCUUUCAACAGCAGACUUCACCAUUUGCCAUUGUGAACCUGAGCAUAAUCGCGAUGCUUCCUUACUGUUUGCCGCGCGACUUCAAGUGGACCGAAUUUCUUCGAAGAAAGUAGAUAGGAAUCGAGCAUUCCAAAUAUCGAACACAUCAGCGUUCGCUACAUCGUUGUGUGAUAUGCUGUACACUUUCUGCGACUGUGCCGCGAACACUGUUCUUUCUAGUGAAAAAACAAUCAUCUCUGAACUGCGACGUGCUGUUGAUGAUUUUAAUGAAAUAGUUGUGGAGAAGCUGUCAAAGGCAGCUUUUGAAGCGCAGUGUGCACGACGCAACGCGGCGAAACCUACCCGUCAGCAAUUUUUCAGUCCGCAGCCUACACGCUUGAGAAGGCCGUUGGUUCAAAUCCAGCAGCGAAGUCCUGGAUACUUACUGCCUCCUGAUUUAUUAAAAAAGCGUUUCAAAAGCUCACUCCGUCUCGUAGCGUUCCCUCAGUACGGCCAACAAUUUCAACUUCUGUUCCUUCUCCGGCCAAACGUGGCA